AUUUGGCAAAUGCAUAUUUGAUGAGAGAUGUCAGCCUUCAUUUUGCAUUUCAUUUCUCCAUGCACAGCUGCAGACCUGAACAGUUGGACAAAUUGCUUCCAUAACAGUUCAGUAGCUCCCAGUCAGACACACCCCAACACACAAACACACACACACACGCAAAACUUUGUGCCUGGGCCUGCAGCCUUGACAGUGAUCCUCCUGCACAUGUGUGAAGGAGUGUCUUCAGUUACUGCCUCUGCACAUGCAUUAGUCUGAAAGGUUAUUUUGGGCCGCAGAAAGCACCACAGUAACUCUGGGCUCCUUUGAAAUAGUAGGAGGAGUCAGGCUUUUACCCUCCUAUUCUGCCCCUGUGUGCUGUUCCCCCCCAUGUCGACUGACAGGGGAUUUCCCUCCAAACAAGAGGUUCCCCAAGCUCUUUGCGCCGCAGCACUAGGUUGGAUCUUCAUUUUUAAAAACAAUGGACAACAUUCCUCUGCAAGUGUUGACCGUCCCCACGGCCCCCUACCCUGACCAGAGGCCCGGGACCAGCGGCCUCAGGAAAAGAGUCUUUGUAUUUCAGUCCAGGAGAAACUAUCUGCACAACUUCAUCCAGAGUAUCUUCUCCUCCAUUGACCUGCGUGACCGCCAGGGCUCCACGAUCGUGGUCGGGGGAGACGGACGCUUCUUUAAUCGAACGGCAAUUGAGGUCAUUGUGCAGAUGGCAGCUGCCAACGGGGUGGGCCAUCUGAUCAUCGGACACCAUGGGAUAAUGUCCACCCCAGCCAUCUCCUGUGUGGUCAGGAAAUACAAAGCCAUCGGGGGCAUCAUCCUCACUGCCAGCCAUAACCCUGGUGGACCUGAUGGAGACUUUGGCAUUAAGUUCAACACUGCCAAUGGAGGUCCAGCUAAGGAGGCCGUCACAAACAAGAUCUUUCAACUCAGCAGAACUAUCGAGGAGUUCGCCAUCUGCCCCGGACUCCGACUGGAUCUGACCACCCUCGGGAAACAGAUGUUUGAUCUGGAGAACAAGUUCAAACCAUUUACUGUGGAAAUUGUGGACUCGGUGGAAUCCUACGCCAACUUGUUGAGGAAUAUCUUUGACUUUGCGGCCCUGAAGGAGCUUCUGUCUGGACAGAACCACAUCAAGAUAAGACUGGAUGCCAUGCACGGGGUGGUAGGACCAUAUGUGAGGAGGAUACUGUGUGAGGAGCUGGGCUGCCCGGCCAAUUCUGCCAUUAACUGUGUCCCACUGGAGGAUUUUGGGGGUCAACACCCCGACCCUAACCUCACCUACGCUGUGGAUCUGGUUGAGAGCAUGAGAGAUGGACAGAAUGAUUUCGGUGCAGCUUUUGAUGGAGACGGGGACCGUAACAUGAUCCUUGGUAAACACGGCUUUUUCGUCUCCCCCUCUGACUCUGUGGCUGUGAUCGCUGACAACAUCUUCUGCAUCCCGUACUUCCAGCACACAGGGGUGAGAGGGUUCGCUCGCAGCAUGCACACAAGUGCAGCCUUAGACAGAGUAGCCAGUGCAACAAAAAUAGAGCUCUAUGAAACUCCCACUGGGUGGAAGUUCUUUGGGAAUCUGAUGGAUGCAGGGCGACUGUCUCUCUGUGGAGAGGAAAGCUUUGGUACAGGUGGAGACCAUAUUAGGGAGAAGGAUGGGCUCUGGGCCGUACUGGCAUGGCUAUCCAUCUUGGCCACCAGGAGGCAGUGUGUGGACGAUAUUGUCAAGGACCACUGGCUGAAAUAUGGAAGAAAUUACUUCACCAGAUAUGACUAUGAGAAUGUAGACGUAGAUGCGGCCUGUGAGAUGAUGGAGGAUUUGGAGAUCAUGAUUUCCGACAAGGCCUUCUUGAGAAAGAGAUUCGCUGUGGAGGACAAAAUCUACCAAGUGGAAAAAGCGGACAACUUCGAGUACACAGAUCCUGUAGACAGCACCAUCUCCAGGAACCAGGGUCUGCGGAUAAUCUUCUCCGAUGGUUCUCGGAUCAUCUACAGACUUAGUGGGACAGGUAGUGAAGGAGCAACAGUUCGAAUCUACAUUGACAGCUAUGAGAAGGAGAAUAUUUUUGAAGACACUCAGGAAAUGCUGUCGCCCUUGGCAACAAUUGCUUUGAAGAUUUCCCAGCUCCAUCACAGGACAGGUCGAAGUGGCCCAUCGGUCAUCACAUGAUUCCUCCCACAUGUUACUCCCUGGUGAUGCUACAGAGUGAUGCCCUAUUGUUUUGCUUUCCAGAUUUUUUGUACAAACCCAGCUUAAAUACCAAGUGGAGCUGCACAUCAUGCUUACUUUGCAAUUUGAUUUGACUUUUACUCAGCGACUGUCUUUGUGAAACACUUAAACCGCUUUUCAUUUUUGGUUUAUGUGUGACAGCUAGCACGUGCACACAUAGACAUCAAAGGGGGCUUGGGCCCUAGCCCUUUUUCUUCAUCGACAGGGGCGGCUGUGGCUGAACGGGUAGAGCUGAUGUCUAACCAGAAGGUUGUCUGUUCAUUCCCAGUCUCCCCCACAUGCAUGCCGAAAUGACCUUGGGCCAGAUGCUGAAUCCCCAAAUAGCCCCUCAUAGAAAAUGUGCAGAGGAGUCGAGGAGUUUAUAUCAGAGUAUAAUAAGAGUUUGUCCAUUUAAGCCUUAGGUGCUGCACGCAAGUAUAAACUGAAUGUCAAAUCAGUGUGGAAAGCACUGACCAGUGUGAUAGACUAACUGUUGAUGUCAGAUUUUUGAAUUGAAACCCUUUUUUAAUUGCAGGACACAUUAAAUAACAAUAACAGUCUAUAAUACUUUUGUAUAGUUUCUAUUAUACCUUUUUGUCUAGUUUCAUAGAGAGUUCAUAUUUGUCUAACUGAUUGUGAUAACUGAUGAAAGGCAUACAUGUACAGUAAUAUUGGAAAUUUUGGGUGUGAUACAUUGAAAUGCAGCAAGAUGCAAUGUCCAAUCAUUGACUGCUGAAUCAAAUCAAAUCUAGAGUCUAGUGAAGGUGUACUUGUGAGCACACAGUCAUCUGCAGUCAUGUCAUAUAGGCAGCACCUCCCACCUCCCAGCUCCUGUCCCAGUUGUGGUGGUUUUCCUGCGCUUGUGUGGAGGUGAAUUGUAAUGUAAUAAGUUAGGGCCUACAGGCUAAUGUUCUGUACUUAAGGGGAGACCCUACAGGUGAAUACAGUCAAAGUCCUGUCUUAAACAGUAACUGCAUCAUUUUGAUUGUAGGGUCCUCAUCUAAUAACAAUUCAUUCUACUUGUUUGUUGUAUGCUGAUUGAUCUUUAUCAAUGAUACAGAGAGUCCUGCACUGAAACUAAGUCCUUGUCACCAGUUAAAAUGUAUGUGCGUUCUUCUAAAUAUAUACUAGAAACUAUUGUAGCAUAGAAAACAUGCACAUUGCAGCAUAGUUUCCUUUCUUGUUGCCUGCUCUUGUUAUAAACUAAAGAAGAGCAUUGUGUCUGUUGAACUUUAAGAAUUAACAAUAGUGUGAGUGUAUUAAAAUAAAUUUGUGAGUAAGUCAAAGGUAUUCUACUAUAUAUCAAUUUUUGUUUAAUCAUUUUCUUUAUGAAUAAUAAUGAGAAGUGCCCUUUUUCUCAGUUGAGCCCCUGCCCCCCCAAAACGUCUGUUCACGUCCCUGAAGUAGACACUGAGGGGAACAGCCAGGCCGGUGCUACAAACAUGGAAGAAGUACAUUUGUUGUUGGAUGUCGGUCUUCAAAGUGCCCCUGAGGAUUUGCCCAAAGUUCCUCGUCAAAUGUUUCCCCCUAAAAUGCAAAGGCAUUUCACCCAACUCAACCUGAAGAGCAAACAUAGGAAUUGUUGGGAAAUCACAACAGCAGAUUCUCAAAGCUUGAGCUUCCUCUUCUCUUUUUUUUUUGAUUUAUUAUCGUGUGUUUAUUGCUACAAACGUCAAAGUGCAUUAUCGCCAUCUACUGUGUUUCGUACACCGUUCCUGGAGGUACUGGAAUAUCAGGGGCAUUCCCGAAGAUAGACAUCAUGAUCCAACAACUUUAGUGCUUCUUCCAUCUCAGAAGACUGAAGGAAGCAGUCGGGAAGCUUUGUUCCAACUGUUCAAUUGUCAGUAACACAACGACGGCUGUUCCCCUCAGUGUCUACUGAUUUCUUAAUUCUGAAAUUCAUGGAAGAACAAAGGAAAGGCCAGGGCUCAAUUUAAAUGUCACUUUAGAGCCACUUUUAGCCCCUACUUACUUUAAUGUCUUUGACCCUUGAUGUAUAUCUCUGAUCUUUAUGAUAGCACAAUGAGGAUUAACAUGCGCUAAUAAACUGAAUAAAAAUAAUAAUUGUG